AUGAUCGACGGCGGUGUGCUGACCAAUGAGGCAGUGACCUCACAUCUGGAAGUGGAAUACGGACGUGGGAAGGGCGCUAACUCUCCCGAGUCAGUGCGAAGGGAGGCCCUGGAGGAGCCCAGACCAGGCUCCAGGCUGCUGUCUGGCCCAGUGGCUGUCAAUGCCCUCUGUCUGGGCACAGCUCUGAUCUGUGCAGGGGCUUUCAGUGAGGUGCCAGUGGGGCACACUGAGGUCCUGCUAUCACUCACUGUCGUGAUGGGCCUAGUGGUUGGCUGGAUGCUGUUCUACGUUUUGUGUACUGCUCGGCAGAAGGGAGUUAUUGUUUCUGAGGACCCCCAUGCUGGGCCAGUAUGGCUGAGAGGAGGCUUGCUGCUGUUUGGAGCUUGCAGUUUGCUGCUUGAUGUCUUCAAGAUUGUCCACGUUGCUGGGUUUAAAGGCUGCGAGCAUCCCGUCAAAUUUCUGUUCCCCAUCACUCAGCUCCUGUUCACUUUCAUGCAGUCUUACUUCCUAUGGGCCCAUUCCAAAGACUGCAUUCAACUCCAUCAGGAUGUCACAAGGUUUGGGUUGGCUCUGUCCUUGGUGUGUAACUUGUUGCUGUGGAUGGAAGCUGUGACAGAAGAGUCUCUACAUCAGACCGGGCCAGCGGGUGAGAAACAUCAUGAGAACAGGAGUCACACUCAAACAGGUGGUGUGGACGAGGGAUGUCUCUGCUCCACCAAUAUCUGCCUCAUCUUCCAGACUGGUUAUUACUACUUAUACCCUUUCAACAUUGAGUACAGUCUGUUUGCCUCCACCAUGCUUGGUGUGAUGUGGAAGAACGUGGGCAGGUCGAUCGGGGAACAGGAGCACCCGGCCCAUCGCCAACUCCAUUUCCAUGGCCUCUUGCUAGGCCCAAGCCUCGGGACUGCUGAGAUCCUGAUUGGUCUGGCAAUCUUCAUUCUCUACGAGGUGGAAGUGACGGAUGAAGGAGGAGAGAGCUGGGCUCUGACUGCUUACUACCUCUUUAACAUUGUGGCUCUUGCUCUGUCCACCAUCGUUGCCGUGGUGGGCUGCUGCGUGCACCGGUUUGACCGAAGGGGCAGUAACAGUGACAAGAGCCCAGCCAGGCAUCUGGACUUGGCACUCUUGCUUUGGGCAGCGUUGGGCCAGUUUCUAAUCUCGUACUUCAGCCUGGUGGCGAUUGUAUCCAUCCAACCCUUCGAGCUGCUGAGUGCCCUGAACCUGCUCUUCUCUGUCUUCACCAUCUCCCAACAUGUUCUGCAGAACGCCUUCAUCACCGAGGGUUUAAGUAGGAAACCAUUUGCGGAGGAGACUCACCCUGAUGUCAGGAAUUCUAACAGUCAGGGUCUUGCCAUUGUGAAUACUACCCAUUGCCUCACUGGGGAUGCCAUGGAAUUUUGCAUCCAGAAUCCCCUUUCUCAAACUAGCUCCAACCCAACCGGAAUCAUCGUUCAUCAGGAAACUGGUUCAAGCCAUCUGGAGAGUACAUCCCAAACUCAGGAAGAUCAACUCUUUGUCCCUGCUAACAGGCUCAGCUCCAAACGACGGAUCCUGAAGGAGGUGUCUGCAUUUUUACUCUUGUCCAAUGUCAUUUUCUGGAUCCUGCCGGCUUUUGGGGCUCGACCGCAUUUUGCUAACGGUCUUGAAGAAAGUUUUUACGGCUUCCAAAUCUGGGCAACUGUAGUCAAUAUUGGCCUUCCGUUGGGAAUAUUCUACAGGAUGCACUCAGCUGCCUGCCUACUCGAGGUCUACCUCAUUUGCUAA